GGUUAAGGCUUUGUGACAGCGCCAGGGACUAAAGUUAUGCUUCCGUCUCUGAGCUUGCUUUGUCUCUCGUUCUGUGCUUGAAAGAGCGUGUUGUUUCUUGUCUGCUCAGCUGUCUCCUGCUGGUUAUCCUCGCCUCUUUUUGAGUGGAUCUUAAUCUUCCAAAAUCAGGUUUUGCAUGCUGAGCUGCCCUUAUCUGCUUGGACUUGAGCAGUCCAAGUUACUUCCAGUCUCACCGAUCGGUGUCAUUGCAGUGUAACUGAUUAGCAGCUAAACCCUUGCACAAGGGCUAAACAGUAGCUAAAACAGUGAGGAUGAUGGUAGAUGAUACUCAAAUUUUAAUGGGCUGACUUGUGGCUUUUCUGCAUCAGAAUGGUGCUCAGACUGUAACGUGCUGAAUCUUGAAGCUUAUCCAUUCAAUCGGAAAAGCUUAUGUAGCCCAAGAGGCGAUUGUAAUUGCCCAUGUCUCUUAUUUUUUUUCCAGGCUUGUGAUCGCCAUGGCUGCAGUGGAUCGUUUCUACCUCUUGUACAGAGAGAUCAGUCGCUCCUGCAGUUUUUACAUAGAAGCCCUGGCGAUAGUUGGAGCUUGGUACACAGUCAGGAAGUGUGUCUCUCUUGCGUUUGACACUUACAGCAUGCUUAGGUUGCAUUUAAUUCCAAAGCUGGGUGGCGAGAUUGAUCUUGUCAAGCGGUAUGGAAAAUGGGCCGUGGUCACUGGUAGCACAGAUGGUAUUGGGAAGGCGUAUGCUGAAGAACUUGCAAAGCGUGGUGUCAACAUCAUCUUAAUCAGCCGAAACAAAGCAAAGCUGGAGGCUGUAUCUAGAAGCAUAUCUGAAACCUAUAAAGUGGAAACAGAUUUCGUAGUAGCUGACUUCAGCAAGGGGCGUGAGCCUUACCCAGCCAUUAAGGAGGCUCUGAAAGACAGAGAAAUUGGCAUUUUGGUGAAUAAUGUAGGAAUAUUUUAUCCCUACCCAGACUAUUUUACCAACCUGUCUGAGGAUAUGCUGUGGGACAUGAUCAAUGUAAAUAUUGCUUCUGCUAACAUGAUGAUACAUAUUGUGCUGCCAGGCAUGGUAAAGAAGAAGAAAGGGGCAAUUGUGAAUGUUUCUUCUGCAUCCUGUUGUCAGCCAACACCAAUGAUGACAACGUAUGGAGCCUCUAAAACCUACUUGGACUAUUUCAGUAGAGCACUACAUUACGAGUAUGCCUCAAAAGGAAUUUUUGUUCAGAGUUUAACCCCAUUUGUAAUUGCUACAAAAAUGGCAGCAUGCAGCGGCACUGCAUUAGAGAGGUCUUUCCUUUUUCCUUCUGCUGAAGAAUAUGCAAGUCAUGCUAUUUCUACUCUUGGGUUAUCCACAAGGACUACCGGUUACUGGAAACAUGCAAUAAAGUUCACAUUGGGUGAGUGCCUACCUGAAUGGAUCUGGGCAUGGUUUGCAAUGAAUUUUUGCAGAACGGUACGCAAGGAAGCUAUAACAUGCAAAGUGAAAUAGGAGUACCCAGAUGUCCUGCAUAACAAGUUCUAUACUCUCAUCAGAGUGCUGCAGAAAUAUUUAGUGAACCUUGGUGGAUUACUGUCCUUGCUAAACAAACUACGUGUAACCUAGACAUCAGAAGUCUGGAUCCUUUCUGUAGCUGCUUUCCUCCACUGCUUUCCUUCACGACAAAGAGCUUAUCUUGUUGAGGUUAAUCUCUGUUCACUUUCUCUUCCAGGUAAUUGGGCAGGAGCAGGUAUAGUUUUAAUUUCGACAGUAAAUGACUCUUGCAUAGUGCUAUGUGAUAUCAACUUGCAAAGUUGACAGAAUUUGAGAAUUGUCUAAAUCUGUCAGAAAUGGGUCCCCAAAAAAUCAUGCUAUUCAAAAAGAUAGUCCCAGUCAACUGUAUUAAGUUUCUUCAAUGUGUAGUUUCAUGUAACUUUUCUGUCUUCUAAUGGCAGAUGUUUGUAUGUUUUAAGUGCAAAUGCUGUUGCUUUUGAAUUAUGUUAUUUACAUAUUUACAUGUAUAUUAUGUUGUUUUAUGUUAUUUCUCAAAAUGAAAGUGAAUUGCAAGGUACUGUGGACUUGGAGGUUGUUUAAAUGAUUGGAAAGGUCUUACAGAGCUGUAAAGGAAUUUGGAAAUAAGCUUGUAUGCUUUCUUAUUACAAGGGUGAAUGAUCUUGGUAACACUUUAAAUAGUGCUUCAGCAAUCUGAAAUAUGGCUGGAGAAUUGAAUAAAGAAUGUAAAAACACAUUAGCUAAAGAAAAAUAAUGAAGAAAAAAUGUUUUGAUUUAAAAAUACCAAUUGGUUUCCUAAGAUAAUAAGAAAAAACCUUAUUGAAGUUUUGGUGCUCUAUGAUUGUGAUGCUUUUGUUUAUAUAAAUGAAUAGGUUUGUGCACAUGUACUCACUACAAGUCAUCUGGUAUCAUACACUACUCCGGUGUGUAGCAGGCUCUCCAUCUCAGACUCAGGGAAGCUGUCCUUUCUGUGUAUGCAUAAUUGCUACCUGAAAGAGGGAUGUGACUUAGGAAGAAUGUUCUCAAUCUUUUUGUAUUUUUUAUUAUCAUGAGCUCGUUAGUACUGCUUCUGUAAUGUUAUACUGAAAUAUCAAACCCCGGAAAUACCUGUGGGGUAUCUUAUACACAGCAGCAUGACUCAAGGAGCAUCCUCUCCUCAUUUGUGCUAGUAGUUGUUGCUUGAAUGUUAUGGUGCUGUAUUUCCUGAUGGUGAGAAUGGGAGGUCAGCCUGCUCCCUGAAAUCUCUGCUGGAGGAGGUACGGCAGUUGCAUUGCUGAAUAAUGCAGUUACGAUUACGAAGUGGGCAUCUGUUGCUCCUCCACAAUAGCUCUGGACU